UGUGUUUAGGGGUCACUUUUUAUAUCGGUUUUAUGCCGCCGAGUGGAGCCUGAGGAGAGGAUGUAGAUGUGGGAAUAUUACAAGAAAGGAUUCAAGUUACAUUUUUUCCCCCUCUUUUAGAGUAAAGCGCGGUGGUUUGCGUCAGCGAGGCUGUGGACACAAAGCCGACCAGUCUCAACCAGACUUCGUGUUAACAUCACUAGAUUUUUUCCAACUUACACCGACCACAUGUCACCGGUACGAGGUCUGGCUUUGUUCUAAUCGCAACUCCUGCAGCAUGUAGACUCGUUAACCCUGCCCCAUGCACGGAAACUAAAUCGAGUCGGGAACCAGAGGAGGAGGAGGAAGAAGAGAAGGAGGUGACGGGGUGGAGGUCUGGGGAGAGGAACGAUAGAAAGAAACAACAGUUGUGGAGGAGUGAGAGAGAAGGAGAGGUCUGCAACAAAAAAAGAAAAAAAGGCGUUUGUUUGUUCCGCAGCGGUCCGGAGGGAGACGCGGCGCGGUUCGUUUGUUUCGAGGUGCGACAAUAAGAAAGAAACACCACCAAUUCUGGAUUUCUUCAUCCGCUUCCUGUCAUCCAGGAUGAGAUUCAAAAGGAACGGGUCCUAUACGUUAAAUAGGAAGUCCAAAACGAAGCCAAAUGGAAAGAAGCCACCAGCAGAGGAGAAGAAACAGUACUUGGAACCAGAGUUCACGAAAGUCCGCGUGGUGGACUUCGACCUUAAGGAACUGGUGGUGCUGCCCAGAGAGAUAGAUCUCAACGAAUGGCUAGCCAGCAACACAACAACAUUCUUCAAUCUUAUCAACCUUCAGUACAGCACUAUCUCAGAGUUCUGCACUGGGGAGAUCUGUCAAGCCAUGACGGCCUGCAACACAAUAUACUACUGGUAUGAUGAGAAGGGGAAGAAGACGAAGUGCACUGCUCCACAAUAUGUAGACUUUGUAAUGAGUCUUUGUCAGAAACUGGUCACAGAUGAGGAAAUCUUUCCCACAAAAUAUGGCAAAGAGUUCCCCAACUCCUUUGAGUCCUUGGUAAAGAAGAUCUGCCGGUACCUGUUCCACGUGCUGGCUCACCUCUACUGGGCGCACUUUAAAGAGACGGUGGCUCUGGAACUGCAGGGCCACUUGAACACUCUGUAUGCACAUUUCAUCGUUUUCGUAAGGGAAUUCAACCUGGUCGACCCCAAGGAGACCUGUAUCAUGGACGACCUGUCCGAAAUCCUCUGCACCCCUGCCCCGCUGCCAGCACUAACCCCGGCCCCCUCCGCCACAGCACCCUCCCCUUCUUCACAAAACCACGUGACGGAGAGAUGAGCGGGGGCGGUGGUGAAACGGCAGCCGCGGGGGUGUUAGAAGAUCAGAUGGAGAAGGACAGACAGCCAGGCCCCCUUCCUUGGUGCAAGCAGGACUUAAGAGACCUUCCACUACCCUUAUAUUUCGCUACAACUCCAACCAACCAGCCGGAAGGAAAGGGGGGGAGGGGGGAUUUUUCAAGGGGGAGGGUUGGGGUGGCGGGGGAGGGGUUUGUCACGCCAGCAGGAAUUGGCGUGAGCGUUCCUCCGAGGGACAAAUUCCUCCCACCUUCUCUGCAAUUUAAACUAGGAACAAAAAGUAUGUGUAUGUUUUAUUUUUUUGGUUUUUAUUUUCUUUUAUUUUUUGUUGACUUUUUAUUUUUGGUUUGAGAGGGAGGUGCAGUGUGUUUGUCAGCACUUCACCUCCCUCUGUCCUCUGCCUAACAUACAGUACAGGAAGGGGGGCUCUGCUUUGCUUCGACCUACUAUUGUACAGUGUUGUUGAUGUGUGGAGAAGAGGCAUCUCUGCUGACUUGUGGGCUUGUCCUUCCCUCCUUCGGCAGUGGGAGGCGGCCUACAGGUGCACGGCCACUACCCUGGCCAGUAGGGAGCCAUGUUACUGCCUGACAGGGGCGAUACUAGCCAAUCACUGUUUUGGGUUGUUUAUGUGGGGGAUGAUUAAAGCGCUUCCUACUCAGGACCUGAGAGAAUAGUCACUGCUGCCAGAGAGACUCUACUCAUUUUCAUUCUCUAUCCCUUGUUCACCAGACUGCUCAGACAGAUGUCGAUUGUGUUUAACUACAAUAUAGUCAAAUAAUCACCAGGGGAACCCCUUAACAAAAAAUAUCCCAGAGCCUACCUUUAGAGGGCAGCAAAGAUGUGGAGGAUGCCACAGAAACAGGGAGACGAAGAAGAGAAUAUAAAGAUUGUAUGAGAGAUAUUUAAUCCUAUCAGAGAAUCGGGACUUUGAGACAGAUUGGUGCCUGUAUAAGGUGAAUCAGAGCUGUUUGCUGGUGUCUGACACAGCAGCAGCCCCUUAACCCACCAACAACAUCUCCACCCACUCACUCCAGCAGCACAGAAGGACAAAGACAUGAGGUAAUGUCUGCAGGCGCAGAGAGGGGGAGAGAGGGACGGAGUGAGAGGUGAGGGCAAUGGUGUGACGCUGCUCUGCUGUUUAAACCAGUAAUUCCAGUGCAAAAUAAAAGUUAUUUUAUUUUUACCAGUCCCUUUAAAUUUGCUUUUUUUAUAUAUAUAUCAGAGGAAAAAUUACUUUGGAAAUGAUCACAGUAUCAUUACACAUGUAUAGAAAAUGCACAGUCUGCUUGGACUUUACUGUACAAAGAAUCACAAGCGGGUUCUGUCAGAAAUAGCCUCUGUAUGGAGGAGGAUUGAAUUUAUAAUUCUCCUUUUUUUUUAAUUUAUUUUAACUUUUUUUGCAGGGUUCCUCAGUUCUGGCUCUUGUUUUUAUGUAUUUUAAUUAUUAACUAAGUUAAAAGCAAUUUAAUAUUUUAAGCUCUGCGGAUUAUAAUCUAAUAAAAGAGAGAAAUGCCAGCUGUC